CGCAGUGUCGUCUAUUUAGUUAGUCGUUCGUACCAUUCCUCCGCAGAACGUUAUAUACCUUUCUGCAGUGCAUUUUGAAUUUACAUAUCUUUGACCUUGAUUAUUAAAAAAAGUGUUAAAGUAUAAUAGUAAAUAUAGUAUGAGGUGAAUGACUACAGCGAACUGCUAAAAGGUGUGCUGGUAGACAGAACAACUCGAAAAUCAAAAAUGGCGGAUAUGCAGAACGACUAUCAAAUGGCGAGCAUCGUGGAAACGGAUGAGGUUGUGCAACCCUCAGAUUGGUUCUGCGGCGCUAGGAUCAGUCAUAUUUAUUUGCUUAUAGCUUCAAAGUUCUGGAAGAAACCGAAGCCAGCUCCACCCAUUGUUACAGAAGACGUGUGGGAGAUUUCGUAUGAAAACCUCGUUCUCCGUGAGUACAUAGGCGCGGGGGCAUAUGGUAAUGUGUACUCCGCCUGGUACAAUGGGGAGAUUGUGGCGUUCAAGAUGGUCAACGACAAGAAGGAGCUUGAUAUGAAGUAUCUGCGGGAAAUAAAGCAUAAUAAUAUUGUGCGUUUCCGUGGUGUGUGCACGGAGCCUACAAGGCACGGCAUCGUGAUGGAGUUCUGCCAGUAUGGCUCUCUAUUCAGCUACAUACAUGGCGGCUCCCGCAUCGUCACCACCAAAGUGGUCAAGUGGGCUAUCGAGAUCGCCUCCGCUAUGCAAUACUUGCAUAAGCAAAAGAUCAUCCACCGUGACCUCAAGAGUCCCAACGUCCUCAUAGCGGAUGAGUUAGUGGCCAAGGUGACGGACUUCGGACUGUCCCGUAUGUGGAACGACUCCAGUGUGGUAAUGACUUACACGGGAACCAUCAGCUGGAUGGCUCCUGAGCUCAUACUCAGGAAACGGGCUUCGGACCGCAUCGAUGUGUGGUCCUACGGCGUCGUGCUGUGGGAGCUGCUGACUCAGAAGGUGCCAUAUGACGGCUUGUCGACGUGUGCGGUGACAUUUGGUGUGGGUAGCGAAAAAUUGUCACUCGCGCUGCCGUCCACGUUCCCUGAACAACUCCGGCUGCUUAUCACUCAUUGCUGGUACAGGAACCCGCGCGACAGACCGACGUUCGACAAUAUAGUAGAGACGCUGCCGAUCGCAUUGCGCGAAUUGGGCGAAACGCCCGACGAUCGGUUCAGCAUGCUGCAGAACAGCUGGAUGGAAGAAGUGGAGGAGCAUAAGAGAAACGGCUGGUUAGCUAUAAAUCAACCUCGUUAUGAACUGCCGAAACCACCAAAAAGCUUUAAAAGGCAGAAAAUGAUAAACAGGAUUUUAGAGCGAGAUGCUCAGAAAAUAUACAUGGAGAGCUGCGCAGUUCGACUGCUUCUUGAGCAGCGAGAGGAGGAUAUAGCUAAACGCGAAGAAGCUUUCAACAGGCUAAUCCCGAGGAGUGCGCUGAACAACCGUCGUAGGAGUUUCUCAUCGUCGUCGUCAGAGUGCGUUCCCAGGCACACGUACGUGAAGAUCCGCGACGACACGAACAGGGCGGCCACUGUCACCGAGCUGGCCUCCACCGCGGUUAUGGAUGACGUCAACGGGAACAUGAGUACUGGCGUCUGCCAGGCCAUUGUCAACGACAAAUGCGCCGAGCAGGCUGUUGCAGUCUAAUUAUAUUCUAAUGGUGUCAUUAUUAACGCAAACUUAUUUACUGUAUUGUAAACUUCAAAUCUGUCUUAGCAAUUGGAGUGGUUUUAUCUCUUUUUAAUUUGGAUCAAAACAAGUAGAAAUAGUCGAAAUAGAAAAUUUUAUGAAUAUGGUUCAUGUGGAUGUUGUUAUUACGGUAAAUAUACUUUAAAUAAUAUAUAGACUAAUUAAAUUACAUUUGUGCUAAAGUUUUAAAAUAAAAACCUCUACUACGAAAUAUUAGAAUGUCGAAAAGAAUUUGUUGUAAUAGCCACGUUUUACAUACUUAGCCUUUAUAGUUGAAAAAUGUAGAUGGCGCUAUUCCUCAAAAUAAAUCCGUAUUACAGUACACAGCAAAAUCGAAACACCUGAAGUUUCAAUUUAGCGUCAUCUUUUCGUAGUGAAACAAAAUAUUUGUGACCAAGUGUUAUAGGCUUGGGCAAAAUAGAGGGGCUUGUAGUUUGAGAGAAUUUUAUUAUAUACUUCAUAGCGCCAUCUGAAUGUCAUCGGUAUUUACUGCACAAAAUUAUCUUUCACCUUAACUGUCCGUUUACUGUAGUAAAUUAUAUGUAUUUUCUGAUUUAUGUAUAAGUAGCGAACCGUUACUUAUAUACCUUUAUAUGCUAAGGGUAUAUAAGUAAUAUAUUGAAUUUGCCAUCAAGAGGCUUUUAAACUAUUAACAGACAUGUAGAAUUCCAAUGAGCCAUUUUUAAAGCCACUUACACCCAGCGUUGAGUGCGGUUUCCGCAUCAGCGUUUUCAUUAACUGUAAGCUAUUUGGUAUUUUGGCAUUUUCUAUAGUCUGCUAAUUUCAUUUAUACAUUGUAAGAAUAUAAUUUAGAUAAAUACUUUUUAUUACAUUAUAUAUUUAAGGGAUCAUUUUGUUAUUAUACCUAAGAUUAUAUAUUUUUAGCCAUACUUUGUUAACGACAAAUAAUCGUUUAAGUUUUUCACGACUUUUCUAUAAAGUUUACCAAAAAUUUAGGGCGUAUAUAAAACACUGUUCACCUAUGUGAUAGAUUAAAUGCUAACACGUGACAACCAGUGCUGUUCAGUACCGCAACAUGUGAUCUACAGUCAUCAAUCAAUCAUUCGGAAAGAAAUUUUUCUAAAUAUGUUGAUCAAACAACAUUUUUUACAAUGAGCCCAGUUAGAAGCAAUUGUUAUACAACAUAUAUUCUGUUUAUGAGACAUACAGUUUACAUUUCAUUUUAAUACGAAAUGAGAUUUUAUGCUAUCCAAUAACAACUACAUAUACUAAAUCGAGGCUACUCAGACCAAACCAAAGAGUUUUUGUACUAAAUACAAGUUGGUGCUGAAACUGAUA